AUGAGGCCUGAUGAACACAAGAAAAAGAAAAGUGCACAAUAUAAACAAAAACAUGGUGUGCCAAAAGAUACGAAUGAUGGCAAAGGUACUGGAGGAAAAAAUGAUAAAAUUAAAUUUUCUGGUAAACCUGUAAAAGGUAAAAAUUCUCAAGAUGGAGCUAGUUCAAGUAAAGAAAUACCAUGUAGGCCUUCUUCUAUCAGUAGACCCAGCAAUAAACAAGUUUCAUCUAAUUCGUCAGAUUCAGAGGAAGAUGUUCCAUCUCAAGGUGUAGUUUAUCAGAAGAAAACAUUUUCUAAGCGUAAAAUAGUGAGUAACUGGGAUAGAUAUGAGAUACCUCAUGUUGAUGAAAAUAAAGUGGAAGAAAGCAAAGGAUCUGAUUUUUCAACUGUGUUAAAUCUUACUGGUAGUUCAUUGUCUCAAUUUCGAUUUAAAUCAGAGAAGAAUUUAGAUAAAGAGUUAUCUGACAUAUCAGCUAGUCAGUAUAGUAAUUUAGAUCUACAGGAUUUAUCAACUUGUAUAGAUACUUUACCACUUUAUAAACAGUUAGCCAUAGAUCAACAUCUAUUUACUGAAGAUCAGAUAGAAAAAAUGAACACAGAAUCUAAAGAGAAGUCAAAGGAAUAUAUCUCACAUGUACCUAAACUUCCAUCUCUUAAAGCAAAACCAAUAUCUAACAUCAAUGAUAGAGACUUUGAACUUGAACAUUUAUCUUCUGACAUUGAAAAUAACUUAGAUCUUGGUGCUCAACCUGAAAGUGCUAUUCCCCAAACCGAACUUGCAAAAUCUGUGAUACUAAAACAAACGGCCGCUAUAUGUGAACAAGAAUGUGAACUAGAACAACUUCUUUCCAUGGGAAAUUCUACAAGUACAGAUAUUAUUCAAAAUUUCAAUAUAGUUUCUAAUGGUAGUAUAAUAAAGACUCCUCCUGAUUUGAAAUCCACAGUUUUAAAUGAGACACAGUCAGCAUUACAUAAAGACCAGGGUGCUGUUCCUGGUAUGGAAGACUUAGAAGACUGGUUAGAUAGUGUUUUAGAUACCUAA